CAUCGAAAUGUUGUUCAGGUUGUCCCUGCUGAUCGCGAUUGCAGCCCUAGGGGCAUCUGCCCAAGGGGUGGGCACCCCCAGAACUAGCGAGCAGUUGGUCAAUACGGUGUUGGAGCGGUGCGGAGAUAUGGGCUGCGUCAAGGAGAGGGUCCUGGAGUACCUCGAUAGCCUGCUCAACAUCCAGACAGAUGCCAGGAGUGCUAAGAAUAUAGAUGCUGCAAUCUUCAAAAGAGUCGCAAGGGUAAUCCAGACACAUGAGUUCAGGGUGCAGGUACCUGAAGUAUUGAUGGAGAAAACCGAGAUCGUGUACAACCCCAAGACUGGUCUGGAUAUCGACAGCAAAGCUACCGAAGAUGAGUCUAGAGCUCUCGGUCUCAAGAAAAAGCUUCUGUUCCCGUUAUUGCUGCUAUUCAAGCUCAAGAUGAAGCUGCUGAUGCCAAUUUUCCUUGCCCUGAUCGGACUCAAAGCUACAAAGGCUCUGAUUCUCAGCAAAUUGGCCAUUCUGAUUGUCCUUGGAUUUAUUGCAUACCAGUAUCUUGGUAAAUCAGGUAUGAUGCCCAUGAUGCCAAUGUCGAUGACUCCAAUGGAGCCCGCUCCCAUGUACGGCGCCCCUGCACCCCCACCAUCGACCCCCAGUUCCUACGAGCCAGGCUGGGAGCCCAACCAAGGUGGACCUUACCAAAGGGUGUGGACUGGGGCCCAGGAAGCGCAAAACAUGGCUUACUCAGCUUACUACCAGAACGAUGCGACUUCGUCCACAAGCAGGCCUUAAAGACAUUGUGAUUCAAUCCCAAGGUUAUUUAUUGAAGUCUUAUUUAAUAAAUUAUUUUUUGUAAAUAUUA